AUGCAUGCAUCUGGAUCUGUUGUACUUGGAUCUAUACAUCCCGAUCCCAUCGAUCCCGAUCCCAUCGAUCCCACCGAUCCCAUCGAUCCCACCGAUCCCACCGAUCCCAUCGAUCCCAUCGAUCCCAUCGAUCCCAUCGAUCCCGAUCUCCUAGAUCGUAUCCCUGAUCCAUCAUUUCCUGUCCCUACUUCUGCUGCAGCUGCAGCUUCCCCACCAUCUGGUUCACCAUUACCAUCACCAGCAGGAGCAGCAGGAGGAGCAGCAGGAGGAGCAGCAGGAGGAGCAGCAGGAGCAGCAGCAGGAGGAGGAGGAGGAGGAGGUAUAUUUAGAUUAGCAAGACCAAAAUCUAAUAAUUUUAAUUCAGCAUCUAAUGAAUUUGAUGUCCAUACAAAAUUAUCUGGCUUAACAUCACGAUGGACUAUGUUACGGUCAUGGAGGUAA